GUCUCCCUCCUCGCAAUCGCACACGCGAGCGGUGCUCUGCCGAAGGGAGAUCACAGAACCGAGCUGCUUCUCGGCGGGAGCUGUCCAUCCACUACCACGCCACACGGACCCUUGCUCUUCUGCACUUUUACUGGGAAUUACCAUUUGGAUUCUUGGAAGUGUUUCCUUGCACUACUUUUUUGAAUUUUGCGUGUGGAUUAUUUCUUUCCCUGGAUUCUCAACGAGUGGGAAAAGACAGGAGAAGACCAAUGGCAGUGACCAGUUGCCGGUCAGCGGCAAUUUUACUGGCAGCGUUAGCCGCUCUCUACGCAGACGCGAGACCCAGCAACGAUGAUGAAUUCGGCUCGAUGCCAUAUCGGCCCACCUUGAGAUUCCGUCAUAAGGAUGGAAUCCCUGAGAGCUCAAAGACGAGGGGUUUGAUGGUCCACCAUGGUAACCCGCAUCCAUGCGAACAAAAGUACUGCGGUCUGGGCCGUCGCUGCACGCUCAACCCGCAGACAGGCCAAGGGCAGUGUAACUGCUUGGACCGCUGCAAGCCUCACUACAAGCCCGUGUGCGGCUCUGAUGGAAAAUUGUACCCAAACCACUGCGAACUGCACCGCGCUUCGUGCUCCGAACGUCAUAAGAUUACCAUCGUUCACAGCGAAGAGUGUUUCUACAAAGGUGAUAGCUGCAGACUGAGCGACUAUCGGCGUCUCAAGACCAAAGUCUUGGAGGCAUAUGACAAAAGACACAUGGUAACAAAGAGGAUUCACGAGGACAACAUGGGCGCCAGGAAACAGUUGGUCGACGCCAUGUUCCGAAAUUUCGAUGCGGAUGGCAAUGGACAAAUAUCAACAAGCGAGCUUUCAAAGGUAUCCAAGCACCAGGGUCUGUCUAAGGAUGUCGGCGAGUGUUCAGUGUUGGAUCUGCUCAAAUAUAAUGACCUCGACGAUGACCAGCGCCUUACCAAGGAAGAAUUCUACACUGCCUUCGAUGUGUACCAGCUGGAUCUCCAGGACAACCAGAGAGUGACAAUGAAGACUGUGACCGUGGGUCAGAGCGCCGUGCUGAUCUGCGCCAUUACCGGUCAGCGCCGCCCGCCCAUCCUGUGGAAGAGGAACAGUCAGUAUCUCAAUGCCUUGAACCUGGAUGACAUAAACGACUUUGGUGACGACGGCUCCUUGUACUUCACCAAGGUGACCACAAGCCACAUGGGCAAUUAUACCUGCCACGCCGACGGCUACGAGAAGCUCUUCCAGACGCACAUUCUCCUGGUGGACGUUCCGCCCGUCAUCCGGGUGUACCCGGAGAGCCAAGCCAGGGAGCCCGGUGUCACUGCCAGCCUCCGAUGCCAUGCCGAUGGCAUUCCUCGUCCGCAGCUGACCUGGCUCAAGAACGGCAUGGACAUUACACCCAAGCUAUCCAAACAACUCACGCUGCAAGCUAAUGGCAGUGAGGUGCACAUCAGCAACGUGCGCUUCGAGGACACCGGCGCUUAUACCUGCAUUGCCAGAAACCAGGCGGGUGUGGACGAGGAUAUCUCUUCACUCUUUGUGGAGGACUCUGCCCGCAAAACCCUGGCUAACAUUCUGUGGCGGGAUGAAGGUUUCGGUAUCGGAAACAUGUUCUACGUGUUCUACCAGGACGGCAUUAAGGUUAUCCAGCCUGUGGCGUGUGAGAUACAGAGGCACAUCAAGCCUAGUGAGAAACUGCUGGCUCUGAAGGAGGAAGUGUGUCCCCCUACCGAAGAUGAUGAGGUGCAGAAAUGCGUGUGGUCGGCGGCGGUCAACGUCAAGGACAAAUUCAUUUACGCCGCACAACCCACUUUGGAUCGCGUGCUCAUUGUGGAUGUCCAGUCCCAGAAGGCAGUCCAGACGGUCAGUACCGACCCGUAUCCCGUCAAGCUGCACUAUGACAAAUCUCGAGACAAGGUGUGGAUUCUCAGCUGGGGAGACAGGCAGAAGAGUUUCCCGACACUGCAGGUGAUAAGUGAGGCGAGUGUGAAGCUGUCCCACCACACGGUGCACACACAGCCAGUGGGUGGGCGCUUCGACAAGGCCGACGACUUCUUCAUCCCCUCGGUCAGCCUCAUUGUAGACAGCGUGAGAUUUGGCCUCAUCUUUCACCAAAAUGAGCCUGUCCUGCACAAGAUUGACUUGGAGACCAUGGCCUACGUGAAAAACAUCAGCCUGCGGGACUUUAACUGCAUCCCCAAGUCGGCCGCCUACACUCACCUGGGCGGUUACUACUUUGUCAACUGCCGCCCGGACUCCACCGGGGCCACACAGCCUCAGGUUAUCGUGGACAGCGUGACAGACGGCGUGGUCGGGCAGAACCGUGACGUCACCGGAACGCCCUACGUUUCCCCGAACGGUCGCUACCUCGUCACCGUGGAUGACGGCGACGGCCUGAUGAGGAUUCAGACCAUCUCGGAACGGGGAGAGAUCGGGGAGCCUUUCGACAUCCACACUAACUUGCACAUCUCCGACUUGGCUUUCCAGCGCUCCUUCACGGAGGCCCACCAGUACAACGUGUUCGGUAGCUCGGGCCGGCAGACCGACGUGCUCUUUGUGGAGCUGCACAGCGGCAAAGUCAAGAUGAUCAAGAGCUUGAAAGAGGCAAUCAAGGCGUACGAGUGGCCGUGGAGUGCCAAGAACCGGGUUGUCGUGGGAGGCGGGACAUUUGGUCAAUACCUCAUGACCCCUUCCCGAGAGUCCCUGUUCAUCUUGGACGGGCGGCUCAAUAAGCUCAACUGCGAGAUCACCGACGUUGUCAAAGGCAACGUGUUGGCCUGGGUCGGGGAAUCCUAGGAAUAAGUCGAGCUCUAGUUCUGCUACACGGAUGGUUUUUGAAGAAUUUCUGAAUUUUAUUGGGGCACCAAGGUAUAUACCUAUGAUAAUUGACAAUAUGAAGCUCUACAUUGUGAUAGAUGGCAAUUGGAGUAAUCAUAUUCGAUUUAAUGUUCAAAUAACUCAAAAAAAGUCCAAUACAGAUCUGGACUAUCUCUCGUAAUUUAUCCCAAACUAUUCUCCCGUGCCUUUAAGGAAAACUACUGUCAUUUCCCCAUCCUCGUUUCAUUCACGUAGAACGCAGAUAGCCGGGACCUGGUUUGAAGUGCAGCCUGAGAGUUUAUUACCGUAUUGGCCCAAAUAUAAGACGGCCCUGAUUAUAAGAUGACCCCCUCUUUUUCAAGACUCAAGUUUGAAAAAAAAAGACUUUUUGAACACCAAAUUAAUUUUUUAUACAGAAAAUAAUUACAGUACAUCCGAAACAAAUGGUUAUUUUGCCUCAUUCAAAUUUUAAUAUCUGAACAUUUAAAUAUGUAAACUAAAGUGCAAUCACAUUCGUAAAUGAAUGGCUUCUGGUUUUUGAAAGGUAAAUAAACCAAUCUAUUGUGAUAAAACAACAAAAUUGCAAUAACUGAUUUAACAUUCAAAGUGAAGUAUAACUGUAACUGUAGUCUUGAAACUAGGGCUGCAGCUAUCGAAUAUUUUAGUAAUCGAGUAAUCGACUGAAAAUUCUAUCGAUUAAUCGAGUAAUCGGAUAAAAAAAAAUUUUUAGCUAAAGAGCAAUUAUAAAUAUAGAUGAGAAAACAAGACAUUUCCUCAAAUAUUGAACCUUUUUUAGUCAAUCAAUGUCUUUAUUUUCGAUGUACAUUGUUGAAAACAGCCAACAAUUGCUUCUCAAAUGUGACUUAAAAAAAAAAAAAUUAAAAAAGACUAAUUCACUGCUUUCACUCAAAAUACUUUUAGAUAUUAUAAAAAAGUUCUUACCUAAAAAUGUCAUUACGCUUGAUAACACACGUCACUUAAAAGUUUUCCCACGUGUUUCAAUUGAAUUUUCACUUGUGUCAAGCUAUAAAUUCUAGUUCAGGUUUAAGUUAGUCUAAACCGUAAGUCCUGGUAGGAUUUUGAGUUUUUGCAGUGUUCAAAAUAAAUGCUGUGCUGUAUUGGAGCACAUUAGGCACCAGCAAUGACUACUAAGCUAAAAUUGACAGUUAGCAUGCUAUUAUUAUAGCAUAAGUCUUUAUUUUACACCUUAAUCACUCUACAGCGCAUUUUUCACAGAUUAAACAAAGCCCGUAUGUAAGAGUUAGCCACGCAUCGACAGUGGUCAUAAUGAAUAGAAACGUCGCCCUCCGCAGGGAUAACAUUACGUGAGCAAGUGACAGUAACGUUAAUCUUAUUUAUGAGCACUGAGCAGUGUACUGCUUUAAGAUGGCGGCUGUUUUAUUAACGCUGCAGAGUCGGUCAUUUCACAUCUAGUUCUACGUACAUGUGAUGUCUAUGACACGCAUCAGACGCUCCCUGCUAACAUGUUGCUACCACCGUAGCAACAUGGGGGCGUAGUUUUUAGCAACAUCGGCACAGUUUGUAACAGCUGUCAGCUCCAGUAAGGUAUUUUUUUUAUUGCUUCUUCCGCUACGCACGUAAAGUCAGCGCGUUGUCCCGCAUGAAAAGUAGUCCGGGCAAAACGUGAUGCUUAGAGCUGGCAAAAUUAAACGAUUACUCCAGGUGAAUAAAUUUACACGGAUCAGUUUUUAAACUCGAGUUGCUCGAGUAUUCGUUUCAGCUCUACUUGAAACAAAUCUGAAUAAGGAAAAACACUGCAAUAAAAUAAUGGAAACUGGUUAAAAUAAAAAGAGUAGCUGAGAUUUGUCAUGACAGAACAUCGCUUCAAGGAUAUAUGGCGCCAUCUAGCGUCUAAUGGGUAUAACGUCUAGACCGCGAAUGUAAGACGACCCCCUCUUUUUCAGUCUUAUUUCAAUGCAAAAAACACUGUCUUAUAUUUGGGCCAAAACGGUAUAUUUGGGAGCUCACUAAGAUUAGAUCUAUAAUUAUUACAGUAUUUGGAAUAAUUUUUUCCUGCAUAAGGCAGGGAAGUCACGCUUAUUCAAGCUUUAAUAAGGGAAUACAAAUAUCAGUUACUUCAAAGAAUGUUCCUUCAGGAAAGAACUCUGGACCAAACAAAAAGGAAGAAAAUUAGACUAGGACGCACCUAGUGAGAUUAGACGUUAGCGUGACGUAGAAUGGCUGUUUAUGGUAUAGUGUGUUGAAAACCAAGCUUUGAUGAUGACAAUGGACACCUUUCUAUGCAUUAAGAAUCCCAAUGACAACUGCAUCUGAAAAAUUUACGGACUUUUGGCGUGUACAUAGUUUAUGAAAACGGUCUUUCCCGUCCCACUAGAUGUCACACAUCAGCCUCACUUUCUGCCACAUGAUGUUCUUUUUGUUCCUUUGACGUCUCGCGCGGCUGAUUCAACUGGUUGGUUCCCAUUGUACAGACUUAAACACAAGUAAUGGUACUCUACCGAGCACAUUGCGAUCACAGCUUUCCACCUCCAUAGUAGUCAUGUCUCGUGUGUGUGUCCCCGUUGGUAUGAUUGCUAUUUAUAUAUGCAUAUAUAUAAAUAAUGCUUGUCAUCUUACCCAACAAUAAAAUCUAUACAAAUGAAAACGAGUGUAAUAUCUGCUCUUUCAAUCAUGACCACAAUCUUCACUCCUAAAUGGAACACAAGCCGAUCAAUUUAUGGCUUGCCGGUUAUCAUGGCAACAACACGUGUGAGCCUUUUAUCUUGCAGCCAUUUGAUAUAAAAUGUAAUAAUCACAAGUCGAGAUAACAUUUGGACCGAUACUGGGGUAGGCUAUUCAUCUAGAAGGAACACAUUUGACGGAGAAUAAGAUAUUUAAAAAGUAGGAGUGCGACAAUCAUAAGCGGAUUUCAAGGGGGGGGCCAGGCCCCUACCUGGUGGCCGAAAAGUGUCAUUGUAUGUAAUUGACUUUCCAAUAUAAAAGUUGUAAAGCAUUGUAAAGCAAUAAAAUUGCAACAAAAAUGAAUGAAAUGAACAAAAAACAUUUUUAUGAAUAGUCGAAAUUAUUUUUCGAGCACCUUAGAUGCUCAAUUGCUUUACAUAUAAUUUAAAAACAAAAUAUAUACAAUUUAUAA